GACAGGAAGCAGACACAUGGUCGUAUAAACAGAUCAGUGUCUGAAGCGGCAGAGAAAUUCAAUAGUAGUGUUUAGAACCGCUAGGCAUUUUAAAAUAGAAUGACUCUUGUACAUUUAGCCUUCGACACUGCCUGAGAAACCUCGCAACGUUUCCAGAAAUAUUCCUGAGUCGCUUCUGGUUUGUGUAUUUUCUGUGGGGGUGAAGUUCACAGUCAUAGCUGUGGAGAAGCAGUAAUCACAAGGCUUUGUUUCAUAAAACGUUAAGAAUAAAUAUUUGCUUUCGUUGUUGUUUUUAUAAAUUAUGUUUUUACGUCAUUGCAAAUGGACAGUCUGCAAAAUGUUACAACAUCGAGUUCAGGACGGUGUGCAAAAACAGCUUGAGCAACAACGGGGCGACAAACAACAUCAGCACUGGCGACAGAAGAAAUAACUAUAUAAUAAUAAUUAAAAAAUAAUAAUAUUUUCGCUGUGUGAUAUCAGCUUAUUGAAACGCAGUGCCAAGUCAAGUGAAAAUGUAAGUUGCAAGUCCCAGUGAGUGACAGGUCAGCCUCCUGUAGAACUGUCAGGCACAGAUGGAACUGACCAAUAAAACAACAGCAUGACGUGCUUAACAGGAUUUGGCAAACGCAUCAGGAAAAACGGUUUGACGGGGUUUGUGAGCUUCAACAAAUGAGCUAACGGAGUUUUCUGAAAUAUACUCAAGUACCGUGGCUGCACGGAGGAACAUAAGUGUUGAGAAGAUAUUAAAUACAUAAUGCCAAGACUGGAAGACAUUGCAAAUGUCGCCCUGAGGGUCCCCAGCAUUCUGCUGCUGGACUUGUUUUACAAGUUUGACAUCGACAGCAUUACGGAACAGCUUCGGGCCAAAAAUGAAGACAUGUUUAAAUACAAAUACGUUAUCUGGAACGUGUAUUUAUUGGGUCAUCUCUUCAGCGCUGUCGUGCUGUUCUUGCCUCUCAGACACAUUGUGAAGCUGUAUCUUUACAUCCUCACAGCCUUGCUGCUGUACGUGGGACACCAGCUCUCCAGGGAUUACGUGAAGGAUGAGAUUCAACAUGGUUACAGUGGAGCAGUAUAUCUCGAUUCCCAGGCUUUCAUCCGCUUUGUUACUGCACUGACGAGUCAGAUCAUUCUGAGCACGCUCUGUGCCUUCUUGAUGAAGAUCAGGCAGGUCUGGCUGUUCUCUGCUCACCUGCUUCCCCUGGUGGCCAGGCUCAUUGCUGUGCCUCACACUGUGCUGCUCACGAUCAACACCUUCUCCAUGGUCCUCACUGGAAUGAUGGUGGUAGCCUUCCUGCUCUCAAACCUCUUUGUGUCCUAUAAGCUGGCCAGAUCUGCCUACAGGGGGGUUCUGCAGAUUGAGGUGACUGAGCUGUACCGGUUGCUGGCGGUGGGGAUUUCUCUGUGGAAUGAGUUUGCUGUUCCUGAACUCUUAGGCGUUUUCUGGUUCAUUCGCUUCAUGGUUCAGAUCUACUUCUCUGCAACUGCCAGCAAUAACUUCCUCAGCCAGCAGGGGGUGCGCUAUGUUUUCCUUACCAGUGUGUCUGAGUGUUGCAGUACUCCAUAUUCGUUACUGGGUCUCUCCUUCGUUGUUUCUUACCUGGCCCUGGGUUUGCUCAACCUCUGCAAGCUCUACCUGGGGGGCUACGCUGCUGUCCACAACGAGAACGUCAUGCAUAGGGGGGUGACCGAGGGGGUGACCCUGCUGUUGCUGGCUCUCCAGACUGAGCUGUUGGACAUGCAGGUCCUGCAACGCACCUUCCUGCUGAGCAUCAUCCUGUUCAUUGUGGUGACCUCCGCAUUGCAGUCCAUGGUUGAAAUCACGAACCCCUUCAUCCUGGCCCUCGGAGCCUCUCAAAACAGGAGUCUGUUGAGGCAUUUCCGAGGGGUAAGCAUGUGCCUGUUCCUGUUGGUGUUCCCUGGGUUCAUGGCCUAUAAGAUCUCCAAGUUCUUCCACAUGGAUUUCUGGCUCCUGAUCCUGGUCUCCAGCUGCAUUUUAACAUCACUGCAGGUGAUGGGGACCCUGCUGAUCUACAUGCUGUUCGUGAUUGAGCUGGUCCGCAGUCGCACCAUUGAGUGCCUGGAUGAGGUCAUCUACUAUGUGAACGCAGGGAGUCGGAUGCUGGAAUUCCUGGUGGCGCUGUGUGUGGUGUGCUAUGGCACUUUGGAGUUCCUUUUCGGGAAGUGGAGCUGGAUGGGCGCCUCCGUCAUUAUCAUCCACUCCUACUUCAACGUGUGGCUGCGCGCCCAGUCCGGCUGGAAGAGCUUCCUGUUGCGACAGGAAGCUGCCAAGAAGAUGAGCUCUCUGCCCCGGGCCACCGCACAGCAGCUUGAGCGGCACAACGACUUGUGUGCCAUCUGCUUCCAGGAGAUGAAUUCAGCAGUAGUGACGUACUGUGGCCAUUUCUUCCACGCCAGCUGCCUUCGGAAAUGGCUGUACGUCCAGGAGACCUGCCCCAUGUGUCACCAACAGGUGAAACCCAGUGUGCCUCAGCAAAAUGGGAGUGCAGAGGAGGGCCAGUCUCCUGCAGCUGAAGAAGAGGGCAGAAGAGCUUUCCAGGCAAGCGAGACUGGAACUCGAGCCUCGGGCUUCAGGCCUGCUCAUGGCGCAGAUGCUGGAAAUGAACCAGAUGAUUCUCAGAAUGACCAGAAAGACAGCAGAGAAAGUGAUGAAAAUAUCACCUGUGAAGGGGACUCACUGGGUGGGCAAGAACAGACUUCAGUCCCUGGUCUUUGUUUAAUUGGAAAUGUUGUUGGCACCAUCAGUCCGGUCAUUCAGAGUACUACGUUGGUAGAUGCAUCUCCCCUGACUGCCACAGAGUCGGCUAUGAAUAUUAUGAAAAGUGAUACAGAUGAGAAAAAUGAAGAAGACUUCAAAUAUACCAGCUUACAAGGUGUUGGUUACAUUUUAACAGAUCAAAGGUCAACUGUGGAACAUGCUGGAAUUUUAUCUCAAGGCUUAACAUUUCAGCCUACUGGGGACUCAGGGGAUUUUUCAGAUGAACAGAGUGUUGCAGUGGAGAGGAGUCGUGAUUUAAAAGCACGCGUUACCGGUGAAUCUCGCUCUUUGUCCCAUUUGCUUGGAUCUAAUGAGGAACACCUUGUCAGGGACUAUCGCAGGGAAACGGCGGAUAAUGGUUUGCUGCUUGGAACAUUGGGUAAUGGUUUGAGUCCUCCUCUAAGCCACUCAGGUACGCUGUUAAAUACGAUGACUGCUGAUGAUGCUGUGCUGGCUGGGGCAGGAGAGGGGCAGGAUUCCUUCCAGGACCACGCAUAGCUCCAGUCUCAAGGACAGGAGCACUGCACCUCAGCAGUAGGGGUCUUUAAAGAAGAUGGGGCUGACUUAGAAAAGACAAGGAAUUCGUUCUUCCUAGCACAGACUGCUGAUUUAUUCAUGCCUCCUGUCAGACACAACGAUACAUACAAAUAUGUUGCCUACAUUUUCCUUGAACUGAAUAAAUCCUGAAAAGAAUUACAAUUCUGAUGUUUAACAAAGAACAGGUAGAUGACGACACAGGUGUGUAGCCACAGCCAAACGUUUUUGCGUCACCCUGUAGAAUUAACCAGUUUUGUUUCAUAAAGUUGAAUGAAACCUGCUGAAUGAUACGUUACCAUAUUGAAUUACAUACCGCUUUGUAGCUUUCCAUAUACUUAAGCUUAGCUUUAGCUUUCCAUAUAUCAUUUGCGAUAUCAUUUUGUAGUUUCUUUGAUUACAUGAUGUUCUAUAAAUGAUCUAAAUUAUGUUCAUAUUUUUUUUUUUUUUUUUUUUAUUGUUAAUUGUCUCAAUCCUGAAAUUUCUAGGUGAUGCUAAACUGUUGUCCAGAGCUGCAGGAGUGAUUUAAAGAUGGAAGAACCGAUUGGAUCCUAUAGUGUGUUAAACAGAACAAAAGUAUGUGCUUGUACGUUAUCUAGACAGUGGUCUGGCAGAGUACAGAUACAUGGGAAAUAGCGCAAAAAGACAUCCAUAUUGAAAUGUGAAAUGGUUGUAUAAGUCAUGGCAGUGAAAUGGACGCUUGUAGGGUUAUUUACUGUGCCGUUGAUCUGACCCACAGACCCUCUGUUUCACAGGUACAGUGUAGCUUCAGAGGGGUUCCUGUUAUCCUGAGCAGCUUCCACACUUCUGUUCAUACCUAUCUGUCUUUUAAAAGAGAAAAUUAACUGUGAAAGCACAUAUGGGGAUUAUCCAAGCGUAGACAGAAUGAAAAACUAAAAACAUACUGCAAAUUCGCAGGAGUAACAAAGCUCAACAAAUAAAAACGUAAGAAAGAAAACAAGAACUCAUCACUUGUGACUGAUACUGAGCGUGGGAAGAUGCUUUUGUGUUUUAAUAAAUAUAAUACAUUAAGCUGUUCUUCCAUUCAGUGGGGCUGUUUUAGGAAAAACUGAUAACCAUGAAUAUUGCCCCUGUGUUUCAUUUUGGUACAAACCACAUCUAUCACAGUUUUCAGGUUGGAGUAGACUACUUUUCAGGAGGUACUGUGUUGAGAAACCAAAUGAAAAGAAGUCACAGUGUAUUAACUAUCCAUUAACAAAUAUACAAAAACCCCCACAACAUUUAGCAGCAUGUCGGGAAGGCAGUUAUAACCCUAAUAAAGUUCCCUUUAAAUGAGUGCUGCUGAAUUUCUAGGAAAAGAGGGUUAUGUUAAAGUGCUUAAACUUACAUGUGUUCAGUUUGUAUUUCCUGUUUCCUCUACUUGAUAUUCUUUCCUCCUCGCUUCACAUGCUGCUAAAUCAUCAGCGUAGCAGUUCCUGGUGUUUUGUAAAUAGCACAGCUUAAAACAAAGAGGUACCUCAACGUUGUUCGGUAAUGCUUCGUUCUGUAUUGCUGUUAAAUAUUUUCUUAAGAUCAGCUCAAUAAGAAAUAUCUAAUACCAUGUACCAGAGUCAGUAGUUCCUGUAUUAAUUUGAGCUACUGCCAAAAGCUUCUACAAUCAUGCAGAUACAGCGUUGUUUCUGUGCUUCUCUUUCAAUCCACUAGAUGGCAGCACUGCACUUCGUAAACAUAAUUUGGGGCACUCAAAUUGGGCGAAAUAGCUAUUGAAUGUUUAUUUCUUGAAUUGUCAGUGUAAAGAAAAAACUAUUCUGUAAGAAAUUCGGCAUGCUGUGUUUGCGUUAGGCUUUAUUUUAGCGCGCCGCUUCAUGCAAGGGAAUGCUGACAGAGCCAAGGAGACCGGUUUGUCAACAUUAAACAGAAACACCACAGCAUUUGAGUAUUGUGAAGAACCACGAAGAAUAGAAAACACAGCUAAAAACGACACGCUGGGCUACUCAAGCAACGAGAUGUACGGAUGUGACAGGAUUAUUUUUCCACACUAAUUCAGUAAAUAUUACAUUACAGAAAGUUAAGUAGUAAUGUAGCAGCAGGUGGAGUCCAGGAAUAAUCUAGAGCAGCCUGCUGUGGUAAUGUAAUUGAUGGCUACAGUUCAGAACAUACAUUAAAUAAAGGUGAAUUGGAUUCCUGCACACUAUGAGAAUCGUUAGAGACAAACGUUUCUCUAUCAGUCUGUCGUGUCUGUGGGAUUCGGUCUGUUUGAAUAAAGGACGUGUUUAACUAUUUAGAAAGAUAAGAAAGGGGAUGGUUUAAUAUGAUAUAUUGUACGGCCGUCUAGCUGUGGCUCGACUGCUGCUUUCCAUUGGGUCCCCAUUAAAAUGAAUGUCUCAGUGUCAGUCGCCUCAUGCAGUGUUGUUUGAAGAGCUCCAAGAAGGGAAAUACAACGAAUGGUGACGCAAGCGAAGCAGUUUCAGAAAUAAGUACCUUCAAUCUCAACGACAGGAUGUUAUGCUUUUAACGCGAUGAUCUCUGUUCAUAUUUCAUUGUAUUGCCCUUCAGUGCUGCUUCUGCAUUGGUUGCAAUAGCUUAACUAUUCCAGAAGCAAACUAUUGAAAAUGGUUUCUAAAAAUGCUUUUAAAGGCUGAUUAUUUCUCGUGAGGUGGGGAAGCAUUUAAGUGUUGCACUAAAGCCCCCAUUGAACUGCAUUGAAGCCUGUGCAACAUCUUCCCCACCUCGCUGGGGAUUCAGAUCGGAAUCAGUAUUUACUGGAAUAGUUAGGAAGCACGGCAUAUAUACUGCGGUCUAAGCAGAGCCAGCUAUAGAGAAUCACGCAGAAGACAUGAAGCAGGAUAUUAAACUGAAAUGAAAUAUUAAGAAAACUCACUCAAGAUAAUAAUAAUCUUUUUAAUUGCAAGUACAAAAACUACUUUUCCGGUAGUGUUGUAGCAGCUGUUAGUAACCUGUGUGACUCCAUCCCGUUGACUUGUGAAAUGCUAUGUUGUGAUAUUGCGUGUGUUAGCGGAGAUGCUGCUCCAAUCCUCCAUUAACACUGUGGCCGGGUCUGCAUUUCCAGGCACCAAUGCUUGUUUUCCAUUUGGAACAGACAGCUAACACAGUAAACUGCUGAGUUGAGAGGGAACGGCCAUUUGCUUGGUUACUAUAGCAAUGAUUUCAGAGCACGUAAGGUCCUUUGGUAUUUUUUGGAUAUUUUGUAUUUUUUUUUUAUUAAAUACAAUGUCUGAAGAUGUUAAUUUUAUAACAAAAAUACACCGUCAAGUUCUAAUUUCAUGAAUUCUUUAUUUUAGUAUUCCUGUAUUAUGGAUUUAUUUGUUCCGAUAGGCAAUAUCCGCCUUUUCAUCUCUCUGGAUGCGAAUUGCUACUGAUGCAAAUGUAACCAGCUUCUUUUAAAAGCUUGUUAUUUUACGCUUUGUCAGCGUCGUUAGAGGUGUGUGUUAAAAGGUACAGUACACAACACCAUGCAGAUGUGAAAGAAGUGCAUGUUAUUCCCAAUCUCAACCGGUAGAGGGAGUUAUCCAGCUUUGAUAUCGCACUUACAAACACUUGUGUCUGAUUUUUUUGUUUUUUUUUGUUUUUUUAAAUAACCUUGGAGGUAAAAUGACAUCUACAUGUAUGUAACGUUCUUUGUGUUCAUGGACUUAAAAAAAAAAAUAGUUACACAACACGCGAGUAACUAAAUUGUUUGAAGUAUUAGUUUAGCAACCCAAACACCUCAGCACAACUGUUUCUGACAAUUCAUUGAUAUUGGAGAAUUAAGCGUUUUUAUUUUUCGACACCUCGCAGUUAUUCUACUGAAAUAUUAACAUAGGCUAAUUGGUGCUAGCAAAACUGUAAAAAUACAUAUUCCUCCUAUCAUAAGAUACGCUACAGCAAAAUGACACUGGUAGGGUUAUUUAAAACCUUUAAACAAUACGAGUCUAAAUACAAUGACUGUUCACAAUGAAACAUGCUAUUCAUUGAACUGCAAAAAAAGGGAAUACAAAGGAUAUCUUUAACAUUCUAGUUAAAAUAUACACAUAUUAUUAUUAUUAUUAUUAUUAUUAUUAUUAUUAUUAUUAUUAUUAUUUAUAUAACUUAACGGCGUGGAGGUAUUCUAACUUAAAGGGUACCUUUCAUUUGAUCUGCUCUACGAACCGCCGAUAUAAUAGAUUGUCUGCUACCGUUUGAUAUAAAGGUUAAACAAUUAACUUAAUUUAGAAGUUGCUGAAUUAAUCGCUGUGAGCAUGUAAUUUAAAUUCCCGUCACUUCCAAGAAAAUGUGGUGUUACCGUCUAUUAAAUGCACACACGCUGCAAAUAAAACAUCAUUUGAAGCAAUUCUUCCCCAGUUGCCGCUUUGGUGAUGCAGUACACUUUAAAGAAUACAGUUGAGGCAAAUACACAGACCACCGACAAGCAGAUUAAAAUAAAUAAAUAA